CUUCAUACCUCUUCUUAUCAUUUUAUUCUUGUCUAAAAAGUUUAUUCUUAAUCUUCGAAAUGGUGCAAAUACUUUCAGUGCUGGUCGCUGCAGGUAAGCUGCCACCCUGUCACUCGCGAUGGAGGUAGCCCUGGGAUAUUGACAUUCUACCAGCUGCUUUCUUUUCUCCAGCUGUAUUAGCUGUAAAUUUCAGCUCAUUUGUCUCUGAUACCCAAAGUAUUUCAUUUUCUAUCAAUAUACCCGAUGGCGCGACUAGCGAUGAGCUAUAUUUCUCUAUGUCAGGACCGAGUCGAUGCACAUGGCUGGUAUGUGAAAUGAUUCUACCUUGAAGACGUUCCUAAUAUCAUGGCAGGCGGUUGGAAUGGGAAACAAUAAGAUGGAGAAUACCCUAGUUUUCACGUCUUACUCGGAUACCUCUGGGAAGAACAUUACCCUUAGUCCUCGAAUUGCCGGAAAGCAUAGCGAACCAGUAUACACGAAGGAUGUCAAGAUCACAAUUCUGCCUGGAACGGGAAUCUUCGAUGAUAUCGCAACAAUCAAUGCGAAGUGUUCAAAUUGCAGGAAAUGGAAAGGAGGUUCCAUUGACCCAAAUGAUACCGCAGCGAAGUUCAUCUGGGCCAAUGGAGGAAUUGGAGAUCUGAAAUCAAACUCUCUUAGCGCUGACACAAAACGACAUGGAUCAUAUGGAAAGUUCAAGAUGGACCUUAGCAAAGCAGUUGGUCCCGGAGGUGCUCUUCUCCUAACAGCUGGAAACUCCAGUUCGGCAGGUUCACAGGAACUUUCUGAGAAAGCAGAUCGCGAUUUCUCUUCUGGUGCUCAUGCUCUGAUCAUGGUCUUUGUUUUUGUGGGCUUGAUGCCACUAGCAAUUCUCAUUCUCCGAGUUUUCAACAGUCCUAAAUAUCAUGGCAUAGCUCAAGGUUUUUCCGCGCUGCUCGGCCUCAUUGGAGCUGCUCUGGGUUUAUCCAUUGGAGUAAAAUAUAAUCGGUCGAAAAAGUUCAACUCGGCACAUCAGAUUAUCGGCCUUUUGGUUAUUAUCAUGAUGAUUGGACAAUUUGUCUUGGGCUUUAUGCAUCAUCGGAUGUAUAAGAAGACAAAGCUUCCUACCAAGUUGGCUCCUAUUCAUGUUUGGCUUGGACGAUUGGUCAUUGCGGGUGGUGUCAUAAAUGGUUUUCUGUAAGUAUUUUCUGCUUUUCUUCUUUCACCUUGGGUUUGUUACUGAUGGAUCUAGUGGGUUUCCAUUAGCUUUGAACUCCAGAUUCAACUGGGCUCUACUUUCCAUCGCCCUUCUUGUCGUUAUUGUCAGUGGAACACUAGCAUUUUGGAGAUGGAGGCGAAAUAUACAGCAACAGAAGACUGCAGAUGCUGUUGCUACCGGAGGAACAGGUGGUUAUCAGGCCCAACCUUGGAGGACUGAUGAUCAGAAUGAUGUCAAUCUUCAGCAGAUGAACUAUCCACCGCCACCAACCUAUGGCAAUGCCUACAGGUAAUUGACUCACGGGGAAAUAGAAACAGACUGAUGGAGUGAGACUCUGUUAUAGCUUUGAGGUACGGUUUUUAUUGGGCUAGGCGUUUGGUGGACAUGUAAAGCGAUGGCAGGGCAUUUGUGAAACGGAUCCAGAUGAG